AUGUCUUUCAUUAAUCUUUUUCACAGACCACACGUCACCCUACUUACCAUAGCUGCCAUUGUCAAUAUUUGUGCAUCAGUGGCUGUUGCACCGCGGUACAGGACAUGUGAUGGAUCCUUUUACCCCGGCAGCGAUCCUUCUGAAUCGAUUUGCAACAGCGGCGGCACGGAUUAUCCAUGCGCGACUGAUUCCUGCGGAGAGUAUAGUCUAGCAUCCUGGCAACAAUUCACCUUUCAAGAUUGCCUGUUCUACCUCAACAAUGACAAAACCCAACCAAUAACCACCAACCGAAGAGAUGUUAUACAUCCAUUAGAGUAUCGCGUUGGGGCUGACGGGACUUAUGUUGAUGCCCAAGAUAGGGAUGACAGGAUUUGGUACAGAUGUCCAUUCUCAAUUGAUAACAGUUUCAAUUCCCGACGGGCAACAUGUAGCAACUGCGCCACCUUGACAUGA